CUCAACUUCAAUGCAUUCCAGGUAAAACCAUGCGCUUCACGUUGACAAUGCUGGCAAUAUUUGCGGGCUUCAGUGAGAUCUGCACAAGGCGUUCCUACCUCGCGCGGGCUCUGCGUCCUGUUCCACGUGCACCACUGAAUCCUCUGCAGAGGGCCCGACUGAGCCUGAGGCGAGCGUACAGCGGUUACGGCUCGGGCCCCAACUACGUUCCUGGCACCACUUACGGCGUGGGUGUACACGGAGUCUACCCCACGGGUGGUGGCGGCGGCUAUGGCUACGUCGAUGGCUUGGGCUACAACCGCUUCAGCUAUCCCGGUGGACCUAACAACAAUGUGUUGCAGUUCGCGAACGUGGCUCCCUACGGUCCUGCUAACAAGUUCGACUUCACCCAGAGAUCCAUAGCAGGUUUCUUCAACACAGACGACCCGGCAAGGCCAUUUGGCGUCAACUUCAACACGCUAAGAGUGAGCGGCUAAAAGGCGUCAGUGAACCGAACCGAGCGUCCCUUCUCAUUCACUGUCGUCAGACACGUCCUCGGCCUGGUUCAAUAAGGCGAGAUGUCCGAACAGCCGUCGCACGAAUAAAUAGGAAAAAAAAACUGAAAUAUCAUGCCACUCCGUGCGAGCGUGGCAGAUGGAUCUGCUUGAUUAGAAAGCAAAUGAUGAAUAAAACGCUGCUGAC